AUGCAUCUUUCUUUUCUUCUCGUUUUACCCCUGGCGCUGGCCGCCCCAUCCCUCAAGAAGCGUUCCAAGCCCGCUCCGCUCAUAGUCCCCCGCCACGCCAACGUCAUCUCCGACCGGUACAUCGUCAAAUUCAAGGAGAGUUGCGAGGUGUCGGUCCUCGAGGAUGCCAUUAGCGGUAUGUCCGCCAGUGCUGAUCACAUUUACCGCAACAUGUUCAAGGGCUUUGCCUCGAACCUGGACAAGAUAACCCUUAGCGCCCUUCGAGAUCAUCCCGAGGUCGAGUAUGUCGAAAUGGACGGCUUUUCCACAAUCAGCGGUCUCUCACAGCGAGAUGCCCCAUGGGGCUUGGGCCGCAUCUCCAACCAAAAGCCUGGCUCCACCGUCUACAACUUUGACGAAAGCGCCGGCCAAGGGACGUGUGCCUAUGUCCUCGACACGGGUGUUGACGAUUCCCAUCAGGAUUUCCACGGCCGAGCCAAGCAGAUCGUCUCGUUCAUCGAGGGCCAAGAGAGCGACGGUAACGGGCAUGGCACGCAUGUAGCGGGCACCAUCGGCAGCACGACGUAUGGCGUCGCUAAGAAGGCGCAAAUAUUUGGGGUCAAGGUCCUCGACGACAAGGGCUCCGGCCCGAACUCGGCCAUCAUCUCCGGCAUGGAGUAUGUGGUCAAGGACAAAGAUCAGCGGCAGUGUCCUAACGGCGUCGUCGCCAACCUGAGCCUCAGUGGCGAGUCCUCGGACGCCCUCAACCAGGCCGCGGCGGCUCUUGUCCGCAGCGGCGUCUUUGUCGGCGUCGCCGCCGGCAACGAAGACGAGGACGCAUCCAAGUUCUCCCCGGCCUCGGAGCCGUCGGUGUGCACCGUCGGAGGCACGGCAGAGGACGAUACGCGCUACAAUAAUUCCAACUGGGGCUCCGCUGUUAACAUUCUUGCCCCUGCGGUCGACAUCCUCUCUCUCCGCGCGGGCGGUGGUACUACGACCAUGACCGGUACCUCGAUGGCAACUCCUCACGUGGUCGGUCUCGCCGCCUACCUCAGCGCCCUCCGGGGCGCCAACGGCAUCAUGUCUCUCUGCCGCCGUAUUCAGAGGCUCGCGGUCCAAAAUGCCAUUGAAGACGAGCCCGAGGAUACGGCCAACCUGCUGGCGUAUAACGGCGCGGGUCGACGGUGA